AUGGCGAGCUUGUCAACGCUGACCUUGACGCCUGAUCCCAGCUUCAACUGGUUCUUUCUCCUCGAGCUUAUUGUCUCGUGUAUUCUUGUCCUCUUCUUCCUGCUAUACUUCAAUCGUCUCUUCGCCGCUCUCUUGUCCUAUGCGAUACGGGCCUACACUUGGCAUUAUUACCGCGUCUAUGUCGACAUCAAUGCGCUGCAGAUAUCCCUUCUCGGAGGGCGGAUCUUCUUCAAGGGCAUUCGGUACCACGGAGUAAAUGAGACAAUAUUUGUACAUGGGGGAUUUAUAACAUGGCGUUAUUGGAAGCGCACGGUGAGAAAGACAGACUUGUCUCACCUCAAGGCAAGCAAUGGCCUUUCGCAAGAUGGCGCUCACCAUUCGACCGAUGGUAAUGGAGAAGCUAAGAGCAAUGGAGGUGACGAGCAAGGAGGACUCAAAAGGACAGAUGCACUUCCAUGUCGCAUAACGGCAAAGUUCUAUGGCUUGGAAUGGUUUGUUUACAACAGGACACCCGCCUAUGACAGCAUCCUUGCCGGCUUUACCGGUCCCGAGACUGCGACUACGUUUACCCGGCCGCAAUACCCGGGCAGUAACGAGCUGGACCCUGAGCUCAAAGAGGGAUCGCGACGGACAUCGAGCGAAAGCAGACAGACCUCCGACCAUGCAUCUGCAGUGGGCAAUGACGCAGCCCGAAGGGGUACCGAUGGCACAUCAAUCCGCUCGCUUGAUCCCACUGGGGCUGGGCAAGAAGUAGGGGAAAGCCUGUCAAGACUACUCAAACUUCUGCCAUUGAAGCUGGAAUGUGAUAAAGGGGCUAUCGUUAUCGGCAAUGAGCACACGGUCUCGGUGCUGACCACCACAUUCGAUAGCGCGACGGGGCUAAUUGAGGCCUGUGAUGCGGGUCCUCUUGACCUUUACCGUCAGGUGUUCUCGUUUCACCUCAACCAUCCUAUCAUGCAGAUGCGGCCUAAUCCGGACUACAAGCAGAACCAACUCGGUGCGGCCAUGGUCCUAGGCUCCAGAAAGGAAGAACAACCAGGGACCAAGCGGAAAAGGGACACGAUCUUCAAUUAUCAGUUUCAGAAACGUCGAGUAUGGCAUAGUGUUCGCGACCUUAUCCCAUAUUUCCAGACCUCGGUCGAGUCAUUCCAUGUAUCAGAGAAGAAUUCGGAUCCUCUCUCUAGGCCGCAGGCCCGUCAGGAUACUCAAUGGAUUGGUCUUUCUCGUUAUCUGGAUGAGACGAGCCACGAUGACCAUGGAGAGUGGAAUGCUAUUGAAUAUGGUAGAUUUUCCACUAUCUUGGACAGCCCCGGCGUGGAUAUAACAUAUUUCUGGGACAUUCCAGGAUGUGUACGACCGUCGCAGCCUCCCCACGACCCUUCAAAACAAGAAAAACCGUCGGAUAUCAACGGCGCACCGCCUCCUGAAUGGGGUAUUGAUGUGACAAUUGAAGGCGGCACUGUUAACUACGGUCCCUGGGCGGAUCGGGAGCGUGUCGGCUUACAGAAUGUGUUCUUCCCUAAUGCCUACAGAAGCUCUCAACCCGCAGAGCCUUUGGCACCUGGAGACUUGAGAAAGAAUUCAGUUUUUCGGCUACGGGUGGACAUAAGUGAAGAGUUGACGUUACGCAUCCCUAUACGGGAACCUUCCAAAGACUGGCAGUGGAAAGGCAGGGCGAACGCAAUACGCGGGGCCUCUAGAGUGAAGAAACAACAAGGACAGCAGCGCAGACAGUCACGGACUGGCGAUGGCGACAAGAGCCAUAUUGGCCCGGACAUUCGUCCCUUUGGCUGGUUGUCUCUUCGCGUAGCAGGCGAUUCCUCCAUAAGCUACUCCAUGGAUAUGGUUGCCUCUGCCUCUGGGUUUGGCAGCCAGUUGGAUAUAGAUCUACGGGAAUCAAGGAUGUCAUCCAGCGUCAACCAUGCGCUCCUAUGGCAGUGUCCUCGACAGAUCAUCAACUGUGAUCUUUCUGUGCCUCUCUCGUGGAAUAGUCUCCGGACGUGGAUCUUCGAUAUUGAGAGUCACGAUAUGGAGCUGUUCUUGCUACGCGAUCAUAUCUUCCUUUUAACAGACCUUGUUAGCGACUGGGCAUCUGGUCCCGCACCGGAUUAUUACACUUUUGUCCCAUUCCACUACAAGCUAAAUCUCUCGUUCCUGGAUUUGAGCUUGUUUGUAAAUGUGAAUGACCAAAAUAUCAUCAGCAACCCCUCCGACCUGGACGACAAUCGCUUGUUGGUGAUAAAGGGCAAGAAGUUGACUUCGGAUGUUCUGAUUCCCUUGGACAAGUAUAGAACGGAGCAAAACGCUGUUAGCUUUAAUGUCAGUCUCCGGGAUGGAACCAUUGACUUCCUAAGCCCAUUAUGGGAUACGCUGCACACUUUCUUGCAAGACAAGUCAACAGCAACCCUGGCUGCCUUGAACAUCGAUGGAAGCUACGACUAUUAUCUUUCGACCUCUCCGGACUUAACAGACACGCUGUUUCUCAACAUACAUGGGCAAUCGCCGAAGCUCUAUUUGUUUGGCUUCUUGAUCAGGUCGUUUAUGACGAUUAAGGAAAAUUACUUCGGCGAGGACAUGCAUUUCAAGACACUAGAGGAAUUCCAAGAGAUCGCCUACAGCCACGAGCCUCCAGAUUCUCACAAUGGUAUAAAUCCGAAUCGGACAUCCAAUGAUCUUGACGUGAUCGUUCACGUCACUGUCGAUAGUCCUUAUGCGCUGCUGCCAGAGAACAUAUAUGACAAGCUCAAUUGCCUAAGGCUCACAGCACCUUCUUUGGAAGCUGAUUUACGUUUCACUAACUACUACAUGGACCUGCACUUCUCAAUUGCGCCUCUGAAGGUGGGCUUGGAAAAGCAGCUGUCAGGGGAUGCUCCUACUGUGUCUGACACCCAACUUUUUAUCGAUGGCGUGUCGAUUCAUGGUCACCGUUUGUUUGGGUUGCCUCCCGCGGAGCCCACGUAUGUCUGCAACUGGGACUUCGAUGUUGGCCGAAUAAUUGGCGAAUGUUCUACAGAGUUCCUUUCAUGCUUAGGUGCUGGUUUGAAAAGCUUUGACUUCUCCUUUGACAACGAAGAAAAUGCCCUUCCUCCCUUGGUGCCACUUGCGCUUCAUGAUGUUACCUUUCUUCGGGCAAAACUUGACAUCAUCCACAUAUCAGUCUUGCUUGACAAGGCUGCUAUCGUCCUCAGCACUGGGCCCGUUACAACGAAGUUCAACGACUGGGCAAAUGCCAGGUUCUCUAAGCGGAUGAGCCUUCUCGUUCCUGAGAUCUCCGUCGCUGCGAUUGACUACAAAUUUGUUGGUCGCUUUGGGAGCCUUCUAGAAACUGAAGUCAGUCCUCUCGCGCUGUUCCGCACGACAAUAGAUUUGCGGAUGGUCCAGCGGCGGAGCGACAUUGUCGAAAAGCGAAGACUUCAACAAGAGCACAUCAAGGUGCAUGAUCAAAGGACGCAAAGAACACCGUGGCUCCUCUUUGACUGGGAGGAAGUCGAGCCGCAAGCCAUGCAGGUGAAGAGUGACAAACUGGCUCUCCCGACCAUCGCCAUACCUACUAUGCCCGAGCCCAUUGUGCGCCAUGCGGGCAUCAUGGGUUAUCCGUCCUCAUCAUCGACAAGUUCCUUAACCGAAAGCAGCCAAAGCUCCAAGAGCUUUCUAGUAUCUUCAGAUAGCUCAAGUGUGAGAGGUGGCCGCAAAAGGGACAUCAGCACCGUUGGCCGUACAAAAAGCACGGAAGAGGAAACUGCAAGUCAUCUCCAUAUAGCUGAGGAGAAUCAGCACAAUUCACCUAUGGAACGCAAACACCAAUCGAGGGAACCGCAAAAUAGCGUACCUGAUGCUUCUAACCCGUGGAUCAUGCCAAAUUUCACCUUGCAUAAAAUCAGCCUGGAUACAGCACACCUGCCUUCGUGUCCAACCCUGACUCGUGGCCUCCCUCCGGAUAGUGCGCAACUUACGAGAUUCGACCCUCAAUUUUCUCCUUUCGACGAUGACAUGACAACAUACACGAACUUGGCACUUGAACUACCUUCUGGAGUCCGAGGGUUCUGUACCCCAGAGUUUCUCUUCACUAUGUCUGCGUUCAUCGAGAAACUACAACCAAAACACCCGGUCCAGAUUAUUGAUUCAUUGCAGAAGGAUGUCAUUUCAGACAUUGUGGGCUAUGAGAAAUCCUUGAAACAGCGGAAUAAAGCAACAAGCAUUGCUAUUCGAGCGCCCUUCAUCUCGGCUCGACUAGUUAACUCCACCGAGCCUGCUAUGAAUCAUGAACCUGGGUUCUGUGAUGAGUACAGUGUUGAGGUCACUCAUUUAAGAGCUGGAAUGAGAACAAGGAUCGAACGCCAGAAAGGUGAUCUGAUUUCUGGAAUCCGGAAGACCUCCACUGUUCACGCAGCCGCUGAAAGCUUCUCGGUGUCUGUGGAGGGAACAGGAACAGAGGCAUACCAUGAGAAAGCCGAAUUCAGUUGUCUAUUCGGCGACUUGAACUUUUGGCUUGUGGCAAGCCAUGCAGUGCGGUCAAACUUCCAAGCCCGAGCUGUCGAUACUGUUACGUUCACAAAAUCUGUGGAGCAUCUUGCUUCCCUAGUGCGUCGCACAACGACCAUGCUUGACUCUGUUACAUCAUCUUUCCAACAUAGCUCAUCUCUCGACCACAAGAGGUUGCGUUUCCUGAUAUACUCUCUGACCAAGCCUGCUCCUAACAUCGCGGACCCUGUAUUCCUGACAAGAAUCUCAUAUGUCCUCCGACUUGACCCAACACAUGUGCGCCAGCAUGACUCCUGGAAGAUAAUUUCGCGCAUUCGGAACAUAUAUAACCAUUUGAGCUCGGCACAGAAAAGGGAGCUGAUUUCAAAGUGCGUUCACGACGAUCUUUCCAUCCCGAAGGAUGCCAGAACUAUCGUACUCAACAGCUUUGACCAAUGGAGAGCUUGGGAUCUGGCUCAUGUUGAGAAAAGCUAUGUGAUGCAAAAGGUGUGGAACGGCUUUGGACCAAAACCGGAGGUCGCUCGAACAGACAUGUUCUUCUCUUCUACAGUGAAGCUGCUUCGUUUCGCUAUCGAUCCUGGACCCAAGGAAACCAACUUUGUAGUUGAGGAUCUGUCUACCGCUGUCUCAGUGGCCCCGGAAAAAGCCCCAAAAUCUGAAGAUUCCAUGAGACAGCGAAAUUCGAUCAUAGUCGAGUCCUACUGCUCCUCUAUCAGUCUUCACCUUCGAUGGGAGAUUCUAGAUCUCGUGGAAGGAGUAACGAGAACCAUGUCCACAGUCACUUUGGAAUCUGCUCCGCCACCCCCGACUCCUGACAAUAAAGCAGAGGCUGAAGACGACUUCCAGAUCAUAUUUGGGGCUGACCUCGGUUCCAUAACUCUCGAUGGGAUCAAUGUCAAGCUAGCAUUAACUGGACGCGGGCUAAGAAGCUCUGUUGUGCAAAACAUGCAUCGUCUGGAUGAGCCCAGAGGGCUGAGUGUGUUACUCAGCGCCCAAUCCUGCUCUUCUGAGCUAACAGACUUCUCGAGGACUCUAAUGUUAUGGAGAAUUAGUGACCCGCACUUGUAUUGCUCAUGCGUGUCCGAGAAGAAUGAGAUGGGCUUGACGAACAAAUGGAAGAUGGCAGGGUCCAGCAGAAAGCUUCGCUUUGAUAUGAAAGAAGAUCCAUUGAGCCUGGCUCAUACUGCGGACCGACUGAUAGAAGAUGAAGUUCGCUACAUCCACAGGCUAGCAAGUGAUCUUAAGCUGCCGACUACCGAAGCAGACCAGCCAGUUGUGCCAAAGAUGCCAGUGCACAACAAAUUUCAUGUCGCCAUGUUUUUGGAUGACUAUCGUCUCAGUUUCUGUGUACUGCCAUCUUUGACUUACGUUAUUUCUGGCGAGGUGGCCCGGACUUCUAUCAUUCCAACAGUGGGCUCAAAGGUCGAGGUUGACUUCGAUCUGAAAAAGAAUCUGCACACGUUCUCAUCUAACGAAAGAGAUGAGUGGUAUCCUUUGUCAGUAUUGGAGAUCCCGCCCAUAAACGGCCGGGUAACUGCAAACCUGUCACCUGGUCGCACUGAAAUGGAAGUCGAUGUUACAAUAGAGCUCAUUUGGCUGGAAGCAAGUGCUGUGCGCAGCUUGAUAGGUGCUCUUACGAAACCAGAAUUCUCGCACUUGAUGUCCGAUCUCCAGCAGAACGUGGAAAUCCUCCAACAACACCUUGGAGAUGUACUCGCCCUUGACAAAUCUCCUCCUCAUCAGAAGGAAUCAUCGAGUGGGCAUACGAUUCUCUAUAAAGCGCGAAUGACCAUGGCAGGCACGAAGAUCCAUGCCAGCGCCCCGGCUCUCAAUGGAAAGAAUUAUUCAGCAGAUAUGGUGUUCAACCUCGGAAUGAUGCGGAUGCGCCUGGACAACGGAUUGGAGAAUGGAACGCCAAUGGAAUAUCCGGAAUUCCAUGUGGAUACGUCAAGUGUCAGCUUUGAUUUGCGUAAACAAGAGGCUGCCACUAGCCUCUCAUACUGCAACUUUGGCAUUGAUGCAAAGUUCCAGGGUACCUCAAUGACGCGCGAGGAUGGCCAGACCAGGCGAGUGUAUCAUUUCACCAGCCAGAAGUUUGAAGUUGAGCUGUUUUCCGAAACUGCUGCGCUGAUGGUUGAUAUGGCGGUCCACCUACGGGAGCGUAUCAAGACCUUGGACCUGUCUCAUGAGGUCAAGCGUUUCAAGAGACUGAGGAGGCGAGGGCAUGCGGAAUCAAAGGAUCGACUCCGUGGAACUUCGACCAUGCAGGCUCCGGAUGACUCGUCACAAGAAGACCUCUUUAACGCCAUAUACUCCUUCGACUUUAACAACAUACAGAUUAGUUGGAACAUGAGCUCCGCGCCGCCGCCUCCCUCAGGACGUACUCCAGAUGACUUGGUCUUCUCCAUCAAGCGCGUGGAAUUGUCCAAUAGAAAGCCAAACGCUGCAAAACUACGCAUCGAGGAUGUUCAAUUGCAAAUGGUGCCGUUUUCAAGGAGCAGACGCAAGCGCUCUCUCAACUCGGCUUUGUUACCUGAGUUGGUUUUCAACGUGGCAUAUGCCUCAUCUGGCGACGAAGUCCGACUAGCGUUUCAGGCAGCUGGAAAAUCCCUAGACAUCAGGGCGACCUCCGAUUUCAUGCUUCCAGCAAGCAUGAUACGAGACUCCAUCGCGGCGUCUAGUCAAAUAAUCCGUGAUGCCAACGCUGCGCUCGUGUCGAAGUCACCAGAUGAUACUAAGAAGCAACGUGUGCUGUUUGGAAAUAAACACUUCCGUUCCGUGCUAGUCGACGUUGAUUUUGCUGGGGCUGUCGUUUCGCUUCAAGGACGACACACUGAUGACCACCAGACCAUGCUUACUGCGACUCUGAAGGGCAGUAGGCCCUCAGACGCGAAAUAUGGCCAGUAUGUCCAUGGGGAUACGGUGGCGACCGCAACGCUGCGGGCGCCCGGUGUCGCAGUGAAAGUCCAGUAUGAAGACAAUAGGCAAGAUGAUCCGGCCCUCAACGCGGAGUUGAAGGUCGACGCCUCGACAAAUGUUCUCUAUCCAAGCUUGGUGCCUUUAGUCAAGCAGAUGACGUCGACCGUAAAGGAAGUUCUAGGGGACCAGGAAAAGCCCAGACGGCCAUCUACUACAAUGAUGCUACAAUCUCAAAAACUGAUGCCUCAAUCCUCUCUCGACAAGAAAGAUACGGACUCCAUUCUUGGACGGUGCAAGCUGAAUAUUGGCCUGUUGAUUUGCAAACAAGAAUUCAGUCUUAGCUGUCAACCUAUUGCAAGAGUGGCAGCUACAGCGAAAUUCGACAGCGCAUAUGUGACAGUCAACACGGUUUCGGAUGACCAAGGACGCUUCUUCGCACUCUUGGUGUCUUUCAACUCUUUUCAAGCGUCGGUGAAGCAUGUCUACUCCAACGAGUCCACGGCCAGCUUCGAGGUCAGCUCGGUGGUCAUGUCUCUCAUAAACAGCAAGCAUUUGAGCCAGUCCAAGGGCAUUUCAGCCGCUCUUCGAGUAAGUCCAAUGCAGGUGGUCCUCAAUGCCAAACAAGUCCAGGACCUUUUGCUCUUCCGAGAGAUUUGGGUGCCCUCGAGCGAUGACGUCGAUUCUGGCCCUGCCUUCCAGCCUCAGUCAACAGAAGCGCAGCCGUAUAUGGUGCAGCGAUACCAGCAAGUGGCGUCUGCGCCUGCCUUCCCUUGGAACUCGGCUAUUGCCAUUGAGCGCUUGGAAAUCCAACUUGAUUUAGGGUCUACCCUCGGAAAAGCCGUGUUCAGUAUCCAUGAUCUGUGGCUGUCGUCGAAGAAAUCAUCGGACUGGGAACAAACGCUUUGCAUCGGAUUUAGAACAGCGGGAAUCGAGAGUAAAGGCCGCAUGAGUGGGUUGGUUGAACUUCGGGCGCUUAAAGUGCAGACCUCCAUUAAAUGGCCCGACGACACUUCAAACAACAAAACGCCGCUGAUCCAAGCCUCGAUCUCGUUCGACCAAUUCCAAGUGAAGGUUUCUUUCGACUAUCAACCUUUCCUCAUUGCACAUAUCUCGAUGUUUGACUUCCUGAUGUACAAUGUUCGAAACGCGUCGGGAGCCGAACGACUCUUCAGUAUUUUGGAAGGGGACCAGGUACAGGUGUUCUGUACGAGUUUGACAGGAUCACAGUCCAUCGCGUUGUAUCAGGCCUGGAAACGGUUGGCCCAAGACAAGCAGGCCGCGUAUGAAGCUUCUUUGCGGGAGGUCGAACGAUACCUACGCCGCAGAACCUCUGUGUUCGACAAGACAGAUGUCACCGUGAAAGACAGGGCUUCAAAGGAUGAGGAUGAGACGGAAAAAGCGCCCAUCUCCCUCCAUACGGGAGUGGUUGUGACUAUCAAUUCCGUCAACAUCGGGGUCUUUCCAAGCUCCUUCUUCGACAACCACGUGUUCAAGAUCGAGGCGAAUGAGGCGCAGGCACGAUUCGAUGUCACGCUGGACGAAGGCAAGAUUCAUAGUGCGCUUGGGCUUACGCUAGGCCAGCUCCGGGUAGCCUUAUCCAGCAUUGUGCGGCCGCACCGGAUGGACAUCGAGGAACUUCUGGUUGGAGAGAUUGCCAAUCGUGUGCUGGGAUCUACCGGAGGAACCAUCCUCAAAGUUCCCCGACUGGUGGCGGGCAUGGAGACCUGGCAAACUCCUGGCUCUCGGCAGAUUGACUACCUAUUCCGGAGUACGUUUGAGGGUAAAGUGGACGUGGGAUGGAACUAUUCCCGGAUCAGCUUCAUUCGCGACAUGUGGGAGACACAUUCGCGGGCGAUGGCAUCGCGGUUGGGCAAACCGCUGCCUCCGUCAGCGGUACGCAUCACAGGCGGGCUGAACGAAGGUGGUGGCGAUAAGAGUGAGCCACAGGAGAAGAUCACGGCGGUGGUGAACGUGCCGCAGUCCAAAUACACCUACGUUGCGCUGGAGCCGCCGGUAAUCGAGACGCCUCAAUUGCGUGAUAUGGGAGAGGCCACGCCACCGCUUGAAUGGAUUGGACUACAACGGGACAAGUUGCCGAACGUGACGCAUCAGAUUAUCAUUGUGACUUUGUUGGAGAUUGCCACGGAGGUGGAGGAUGCGUAUGCAAAGAUCCUGGGGUCGUCUUAG